GUACUUGUAACAACAUCGAUUAUUACAUGUAACGUUGUCACGCAAGUUACAAUUUUGUUAAAAUCGAGAUUAGGUGUAAUAGACAAUAAUGUUGACGAUGGGGCCCAAAAAAAUUUGAAACGAUCGUGACAAAGUGCGUGAUUCGAGUUUUUCGAACUAUAGAAGUUUUCAAUAUUGGUUAAAAUGAGUCACAAACUACCCGGAUCUCGCCAGUUUUCAUACGCUGGUUCCUUGCAGUAUGAAACAUCAAGCAAUUCCUCAUCCGAAAGCAGAUCCAGCAUGACUCAAAGAGAUGACGUUCAUAAAUUUGAGCAGGGCCGCAUUAAGGUCUUGCAGGAGGAGCGGCUUCGGAUUCAAAAGAAAACCUUCACAAAAUGGAUGAAUUCUUACUUAUCAAAGGCCGGCUUAGAAGUCGUCGACCUUUUCAUAGACCUCGGAGAUGGAAAGAAACUCCUGAAACUAUUAGAAAUCAUAUCCGGGGAAAAGCUAGGGAAACCGAACAGUGGAAAAAUGCGGGUUCACAAAGUGGAAAACGUCAACAAGAGUUUGGCGUUUCUGCACACCAAAGUCCGAUUGGAAAGUAUCGGAGCUGAAGACAUAGUAGACGGCAAUCAAAGACUUACCUUAGGUCUUAUUUGGACAAUUAUUCUUAGGUUUCAAAUACAAAAUAUUGAAGUUGCAUUGGAUGAGAAAAAUGAGAGUUCUGAAAAGAAAUCAGCCAAAGACGCCCUACUGUUAUGGGCCCAACGUAAGACGCGCGGUUACGCCAACGUCGAAAUCAAAGAUUUCCACGCUUCCUGGAGGAGCGGGCUCGGAUUCAACGCCCUCAUCCACUCUCACAGACCGGAUUUGUUUGACUACAACGGUCUAUUAGGCAACAAGAACAUCGACAAUCUCAAUCACGCCUUCAACGUUGCUAAUAACGAACUGGGUAUUCCCAGCUUACUGGAUGCCGAAGAUGUGGACACCACAAGACCUGACGAAAAGAGUAUCAUGACUUACGUCGCUUCCUAUUAUCAUACGUUUGCCAGGAUGAAGAACGAAGAAAAAUCAGGAAGAAGAAUUGCAAAGAUUGUUGGACAAAUGGUUCAAGCUGACAAAAUGAAAGGUCAAUACGAUACACUCACCACGGACUUACUGGACUGGAUCAAUGCCAAAAUCAAACAACUGGAAAACAGAGAUUUUCCAAACACCCUGGAAGGCAUCCAGAGUCUUUUGCUGGCUUUUGGUCAGUACAGAACACAAGAAAAACCUCCCAAAUACAAGGAACGAAGUGAAAUUGAAGCUUUAUACUUCAACAUCAACACCCAACUGAAAGAACUGAGACAACCUUUAUUUAAUCCUGCCGAUGGUAAGUUGGUUCAGGACAUAGAAAGGGCAUGGGAUGUUUUAGAGAAAGCCGAACACAACAGAGAAGUAGCGUUGAGAAACGAACUACUCCGUCAGCAGCGUUUAGAACAACUAAACUACAAAUUUGAAAAGAAGAGUAUCUUGAGAGAAGGAUACUUGAAAGAAAUGACGCAGGUAUUGUCGGAUCCGAAAUACGGAUCAAACUUAUCCCAAGUAGACGCAACGGUGAAGAAGCACGAAGCUAUAAGCGCGGAUAUUUACGCUAGAGAAGGGCGCGUUCACGAUCUGACUCAAAUGUGUAAUGAGCUCGUUAGAGAAAACUACAGAAAUGCUGAAAAAGUCAAAGCAAGGGAAGCAGUCAUUAUGAAACAGUGGCAAGAUUUGAUAGCUUUACUACAGAAACAUAAAGUGAAUUUAGACAGAAUGGUAGCUGUUUUAUCGAUUUUAAGAGAAAUUGAAACGACGUUAGCUAGUAUAGAGCAGCUUAAAUUUGACCUUUCGUCGACUGAUAUUGGUAUUCAUUUAAUGGGGGUGGAAGAACUUUUACAGAGACAUGCGUUGCAAGAACUGCAAGUAUCUAGUUUGGGUGAAAAUGAAAGGAAACUGACUAGGACGGGUGAACAAAUAGCAGUUCAGAAUCCAAGAGAAGCGGACAUUUUGAGAGAAAAGCUGUCAGAACUAGCCAACGCUUAUAAGGAAUUAAAAGAAGUCAGCGCCGCGAGAAAGGCAAUCCUCGAAGAAGCCAGAAACUUCUACCAACUGCUCCAAGACCAAGAGGACGCCGAGGCUUGGCUAGUAGAAAAACAAAGAAUUUGCCAAGCCGGUUUCACGGCUAAAGACCUACGAGGAGUAUUCUCCCUUCAACAGAAACACAAAGUGUUAGUGGACGAAAUCCAAGCUCGCAGGUAUAAAUUCGACCAGCUAGCCCAAACUAGCAAGCAGAUGAUCGCGAAGAAACAUCCAAGAUCUUCCGAAAUCGAACAGCAUAUGGACAGGAUCCAAAAAGCCUGGGAAAUCGUGGAGAAGUUAGCUUUGGAACGAACACGUCAACUGCAGGACGCUGCUGAAGCCUAUCAGUUCUACGCUGAUGCAAACGAAGCUGAGUCUUGGUUUCUUGAAAAAGAAUCGAUUUUGGCUUCUAAGGAUGUGGGAACAGACGAACCUAGUACCAGUUCUUUGCUCCAAAGACACAAAGAUCUUGAAGGGGAGUUAAAUUCCUAUGAGGGCGAUAUUCGAAGCUUAAAUGUCCAGGCUAAUAAACUAAUAGAAGCGGGUAUUUCCAAUUUAGAUUUGAAUUCGGAAGUAGAUGUGGCAGAUGACGUCGAUAAUGUUCAGUACGAAUACAGAAUGAUCGCUAAAGAAGUAUUUGAAGACGAACCAGUCGACAAAGUAGUAUAUAGGAACGUGAUCGAAGAGAAAAAAGCGCCUCAAGUUCGGGCUCUGUACCCGUACAACGCUCACGGUUUCACUAUGGUGAAAGGCGAGGUCAUGUUCUUACUCAACAAGAGCAACCCCGAUUGGUGGUGCGUCCGUAAGGCUGACGGCAGUGACGGAUUCACCCCGGCCAACUACGUCGAUGAGAUCGAACCCAGGAUCAUCCAGCACAACGUACGCAAAGCCGAAACCGUCAGAACUAUUCAGAAAGUAAAGAAGACCAAGAUGGUUAAGACCAAAGUCCCUAUUCAGAUACCGCGAGCACCUAAACCAGCUAAACGAAAGAUAGAUGAUAAUAACAGUGUGCCUAAGAGGAUGAAGCAGUUGAACGACACUUAUUCCAAGUUGUUACAAAUGGCUGUAGCUAGACGAAACUUGCUAGAGGAUGCUAUUAGGCUGUUCCGAUUUUAUAAGGAAUGUGACGACUUUGAGAGAUGGAUUAAGGACAAGGAGAGGAUGUUGUCCGUUGACGAUCCAAACGACAGUGUUUUACAAGCUAAGAGGAAAUAUGAGAAAUUCGUAACUGAUCUUUCUGCAAGCAACAGACGUAUGGAAGCCCUAGAAGCUGAAGUACGAGAAUUCGAAAAACAAAGCCACUCCCAAAUCGACCGAGUUCGCGCUCGUUACCGUCAAGUCGAGCUCGCUUGGCAGAAACUGAACAGACUAAAGGCCUCUAAAGAAAAGAGCCUGGAAGGUGCCAGCAGUGUUGAACUGUUUAACAAACUCUGCGACGAAGCCAGAGACUGGAUGUUGGAAAAGAUGUUGCAAUUGGAAAGCUUCGUUUUGGGCCACGAUUUGAAAACGGUCCAGGCCCUUCAAAGGCGUCACGAUAAUUUGGAAAGAGAAUUAGCCCCGGUGGAAGAGAAAGUUACCAAAGUGAAUCUAUUAGCCAACGAUGUUAAAGCUGCGUAUCCAUCAGAGAGACAGAAUGUAGUUGUCAGACAAAAAGAAAUCAACGACUUAUGGGCGAAAGUGUUAGAAAAGGCAGUGGAAAGACGUGCACGUUUGGAGAAUGCUGUAGGUCAACAGAUCUUUACUAACGGCGCUAAAGAUUUACUAAAAUGGGUAGCUUCAGUAAAGGAUCGGCUAAAUACCGAAAACGUUGUCAAAGAUGUACAAACUGCAAAAUUGAUGAUUGAGCAACAUGGUUAUUUGCAACAGGAGAUUAAUGCUAAAGACGAUGAAUUUAGACAACUAAUAGAUUUGGGUAGAAAACUACUUAAAACUAACCCUGACCUUGUUGAAGUUAAAAACUACAUAGAACGCCUAGAAGCUGAGCAAGCUGCUAUUGCCAGAGGAUGGAAAGAGAAAGAACAUUGGAUGCAACAAUGUCUCCAGUUGCAAUUGUUCAUUAAGGAAGCAGAUAAUAUUGAUGCUAUUACAUCCGGUCAUAUGGCGUUUUUGGAAUUCUCCGACCUCGGGAACUCGUUGGACGAAGUAGAGGCUUUACUUAAACAACAUAGAGUAUUUACUAAUACAUUAUUAGCUCAAGACACUAGAAUUGACGAGUUUGUCAAAAUGGCUGAGGUUCUUAUUGGCAAGGAUCACUAUGCCGUCCAAACAAUUAUCGACCGGAGAGAUCAAGUUCUUCAAAAACGACAGGCUGUUAAAGAUUUAUGCCAAGAACGAGCUAAGGCGCUUGAGGCAUCUAAAAAUUAUCAGGAAUUCUGCGCAGAAGCUGACGACCUCAAAGUAUGGCUCGCCGAAAAACUUAAAACUGCAUCCGAUGAAAGUUAUCGUGAUCUUAAUAACAUCGAAAAGAAAAUACAAAAACACGAGGCUUUCGAGAGAGAACUCAGGGCCAAUGAAGGUCAACUGAGGACUGUUAGUAAACUCGGCGCAGCUUUAAUUGCCCAAGGAAGUUACCAAUCAGACGAAGUGCAAGCAAUAUUGCAGGAGUUGAAUGAAACGUGGCAGAACCUUCAAGUAAUUUCUUUAGAAAAAACACGCAGGCUAAAUCAAGCCUUAGAACAAGAGAACCAUAAUAAAGAGGUAGAAAAUGUGAAGAAUAAGUUAACAGAGAUCGACGGUACUAUAACAAAUGUUAAUGUGGGUACAGACCUGAGAUCAUGCAGAGAUCAACUUAAAAGACAAGAACUACUGGAAGCUGAAUUGUCUCAAGUGGGUUCACGCGUAGAAGGUCUCAUAGGUCAAAGCAGAGACAUGAAAGAAGAUGGACAUUUCAAUUCUGACAGCAUAUAUAAGAUGAGUACCAUAAGUCAGCAGAAAUUACAAGAAUUAAACAGUCCCGUUCAAAGAAGAAAAGCUGCUUUAUUAGAAGCUCUAGAAUAUUAUGAGUUUGGUUUCCAAAUCGAUAACGAGAUGCAGUGGAUUAAAGAACAUAUGCCCCUGGCAACAUCAGACGAAGUUGCAAAUAAUUUGCAUCAAGCCCAAAACUUACACAAGAAAAAUAAGAAAUUGCAAGCUGAAAUUGUUGGUCAUCAACCUGUUAUUGAUAAAGUUUUAGACAUAGGACACAAACUCAUUAAACAAAGACAUCCAGAGACUAGCAGUAUUAAACAACUGUGCGAUAAACUAUCCCUCAACUGGGCUGAACUUAGAAGUUCUGCCGAAAAGAGAGGGCAAAAAUUGGAACUUUCCCUUAAAGCACAACAAUAUUUCUUUGAAGCCAACGAAGUAGAAUCUUGGCUGAACGAAAAAGCCAAUAUUUUAGCUAGUAAUGACUUUGGUAGAGAUAGAGAUUCGGCCACAAAGCUACUAACUAGACAUAAGGCUCUUGAAUUAGAACUUGAGACAUAUAACAACAUUAUUCUUGAAAUGGGCCAUGGGGCACAAGCUAUGAUUAAAUCUGGUCAUCCUGAUGCCAAGUUGAUAAGCGAAAGGCAGUCUGGUUUAGAACAUUUGGUGAGAUCUUUGCAAAGAAAAGCCGUAAUUCGGCGACAAAGACUCAUGGAAUCCCUAUUUAGACAUGAGUAUUUUAUGGAAUCUGAUGAAUUAGAAAUAUGGAUUGCUGAAAACUUACAGCAAGCUUCGUCAGAAGAUUAUGGUCAAGAUUAUGAACAUCUUCUGCUGUUGAAGAAUAAGUUUGACGACCUUAAACACAAAAUAGAGGCUGGCGCAGAAAGGUACAAGCAGUGCGAGGCAUUAGCUCUAAAACUGUUAGCUAGUGAAAAUUCCUACGGUGUCGAUAUUCAAAAUAAACAAGGCGUUCUAGAAACUGACCAUGUCCCUUCAGAAGCAUGUCAAGAUGUGCAGAAAAGACAUGAGCAAAUCAGGGAAUCAUGGGAUAACCUACACGAACAAGUCAAACGACGAGAAGAACGCCUUAAUGCGGCUGGAGAAAUCCACAGAUUCCACAGAGAUGUCGCAGAAGCAUUGCAACGUAUACAAGCCAAAAACGCAGCAUUAGGUACUGAUCUAGGAAGAGAUCUAAAUUCAGCCAUUGCUCUUCUGAGAAAGCACGAAACCUUUGAAAAUGAACUUGUCGCACUUGAGGCUCAGUUACAAAUUUUAGUAGAAGAUGCCUCAAAACUGUUGAAUGUUUACCCUAAGAACAAGAACAAUAUUCAGCAGCAACAAGAGUUAGUCGUGACUGCGUGGAACAAAUUGAAAGAUCGAACUGACCAAAGAAAAGACCAACUUCAAGCCAGCGUGGACUUGCAGAAAUUCCUUUCUCAAGUUAGAGACCUUACAAACUGGGCAACCAACUUGAGACUAGCGAUAGGAGCAGAAGAACCUGUUCGAAAUGCUAUGAGCGCCCAGAUUUUGAAAGCAGAACAUGAAGCACUCAAAGGAGAAAUUGACGCGCGCGAAGGCGACUUUCAAAUGGCAACUGAAAACUUGGCAGCAAUGGAACAAACUGGGCACUAUGCUGCACAAGAGGCGGUGGAGAAAUACAAAAUAUUAAUUCAAGAACGCGACAAGUUAUACACUGCCUGGCAAUUAAAGAAAAUUCGCCUAGAACAAUUAUGUGACUUGUACGUAUUCUUGCGAGAAGCUAAGCUUAUUGAAGAUGCCACCAAUUCACAUGAGGUUACUUUGUCUAAGGCAGACUUCGGAGACACUGUUGAUGAUGUAACUCAUCAACUCAAGAAGCACGAAGAGUUUGAGAAAUUGGUUGCAAUUCAAGACAGAAACUUGGAAGCCCUUGUUCAGUCAGGAAACAAACUACUUAACCAAAACCACUUUGAAAGCGACCAAGUGUCAAGGAAAUUAAAUGAAAUUAGAAAGAAACGCGAACGUAUUAGUCAGCUAUGCAUUCAAAGAAAACAAAGAAUUAUGGAUGAACUACUUUAUGUAGAAUUUAUCAGAGACGUUGUUGAAGCCAUGAGUUGGAUAUCCGAGAAGCAAAAGAAGUUAGAUCUAGAAGGCAAAACAAACGAUAACGUACCAUUAGAUGUAAAAAUUAAGGCACUUCAAAGAUAUCAAGCCUUUUACGCUGAGGUGUCUGCCAACGUCGCAAGGAUCGAAGAAAUACAAUCAAAUGGUGAGAAAUUGAUUGCCAAAAGACAUCAGGCUAGUCCCGACAUACAGAAGAGACUCGAUGAACUCUACCGAGUUUGGUCCGCUUUCCUUAAAGAAGUCAAUUUGAGAAAGAAAGGGUUGGAGGAAGCACAAGAUAUUCUGGAAUUCACCAGUCUACUCGAAAAGAUGGAAGCCUGGAUUCGUGAAAGGGAAGUCAUGAUAUUAGCGGGAGACACGGGCAGAGAUUACGAACACUGUCAUAUGCUUCAGCGAAAACUGGAUGACGUAGAUAGCGAUAUGAGAAUCGACGAUGCUAGAAUUAAAACUAUUGAUUCCUUAUGCGAGAAGCUAGCUCGUCAAGGACAAAUCGAUGUGGUUAGAAGAAGAGAUGCCUUUAUCACAAAAUGGCAGUCUCUUCAAGGCGCUUUAACGAAUUACAGAAAUAAACUGGCGGCGGCUUUAGAAAUCCACAUAUUUGACCGUGACGUUAUGGACACCAUAGACAGGCUUAACGAAAAAUCCAAAUCUAUGAGUAUUGAGGAUGUCGGAAAAAAUCUAGCAGCAGUAGAGGCUCUCCAAAGAAAACACGAGGCUUUAGAGUCUGAAAUAUCGGCAAUCGAUGCUAAAAUUCGCAAAGAUCAUCAUAGAGCAGCUGGAAAACUUAUAUCUAAGUACCCUCAUAGUGAAGAACAUAUAAGAAGCAAGCUUAGUAUUUUGGAAUCAUUAUUAAUAUCACUCACGACCCUCAAAUCUAAACGUAAGGAACUUCUUCAAAAAGCCUACGUACAAGAGAAAUUCAGAUCCGACUUUAAGGAACUUGAACUUUGGGUUAACGAAACGAUUAAAAGAAUGGGAGCUUAUGAUAAACCUAAUAGUGUAGCUGAUGCUAAAGCCUUGUUGGAACUUCACCGUGAACUAUUGGCUGAGAUAAAUGGCCGACACGAUGCUUUGCAAAAUCUUAUUGCCAAAGGCCAGAAAUGCCCAGAGACAGACUACCCAGAAAUUCCUAAUUAUGUUGCGAGAUUACAACAAUUAGGGGAAAGUAUUGUCAUCGCUUGGGAGGAAGCAAAUCAAGAACUUACGCACGAAUAUAACAUUCAGGAUUUCAAGGAACAAGCGAAUCAACUCAACAGUUGGUUUGCUGUUAAAGAAGCAUUCUUAAAUAACGACGAUCUAGGAGAUACCCCGAGAGCGGUAGAAACAUUAUUAAGAAAACAUGAAGAUUUUGAAAUAAUGUUGCAAAAACAAUUGGUGAGGAUAGAAGAAUUAUCAAAAAUGGCUCAUAAAAUUACUGAUCUAAAACCAAGCUCAGAGGUUUCAAAGAGGCUUCAUUCUAUAUUAAGUAGAAAAGAUCGUUUGCUAGAAAAGAGCGCAGAGCGUAAAGAUUUAUUGUUAAAAUCCCGAAGUUUACAAAAGUUCUUGCAUACUAUUAAUGAUGUGGAAAUUUGGCUAAGUCAGAAACUUUCAAUUGCAAGGGAUGAAAAUUAUCGAGAUCCAAGCAAUUUACAGAAUAAAAUUCAAAAACACGCUACCUUUGAGGCUGAAGUGGUUGCUAGUGGAGAAAGAAUUCAAAGUGUCGUUGAAGAAGGCAAGGAGUUGAUAGGCAGCGACCACUAUGCCGCAAAAGAGAUUGGAAUCAGACUGGACGAGUUAGAAAACGACUGGAAACAUUUACUGGAGUUAUCUCAUCUUAAACGCGAUAGGCUAAGCGAAGCAUAUCAAGCCCUUCUAUUUAUCCGAUCAGUUGAAGAAUUCGAAAUUUGGUUAUCUGAAAUGGAGACUUACCUUAACUCGGCCGAAACCGGUAAAGACUUGGCUUCUGCCAGCAGUUUGUUAAAGCGUCACAUUACUCUAGAGAAAGAUAUUCAACAACAUAUAGAAAACUGUGAACAGAUACAUGAAGGUUCUGAGCAGUUUGUUAAAAGUGGUCAUUUCAUGGCUCCACAGAUUAAAGAAAAAGCUGAGGCAGUUAUAACGAGAUAUCAUCAGCUAAAAGAACCUCUUCAAAUUCGCAGAGAUCUUCUGGAAUCCUCGGCAAUGCUGUUCCAGUUCAAAAGAGACGCAGAUGACGAACUUCAGUGGAUUGCAGAACGGGAAGUUAUUUGUUCUUCGACAGAAUUAGGCAAUAAUCUGUCAUCUGUGCAGAGCUUGCACAAGAAACAUCAGACCGUGGAAGCUGAGCUAGCCUCUAGGGAACCUAUUGUAACAAACUUAGUUUCCAGAGCAACCAAUCUGACCAGAGCUAAUCAUCCUUUGGCACAUAUUAUAAAAGAUACAGCAAAUCUGGUACAGAACCGAUUAACACAAGUACGUGAUUUAGCUAGUAUCAGACGGUUGCGUCUUCAAGAUGCUUUGGAAGCCCAUACAUUCUAUCAAGAAGUAUCAGAAGCACUGGCUUGGAUAAAUGAAAAGAGACCUUUCUUAGCUACUAGAGAAGUAGGAAAGGACGAAAAUUCUGUUGAGUCCUUACAGCGUAAAUUAGAAGCUUUGACUUCGGAAAUAAAAACUUUCAAAGCAACAGUUGACAGAUUGAAGGAUACCGCUGACAAGUUGAUUGAAAGGGCGCACUUUGACUCUGAAAUAAUAGCAGAGAAAAAGACCACUUUGGAAAGAGAAUUUGAGGAUCUUAGUAAACUCGUAUCAGAAAGAGAAGUGCGUUUGAGCGAAGCCCUACAAUUUUACGGAUUCCUUCACGAAUGUAACGAAGUUCAAGAUUGGAUGCGUGACCAAACUAAUAAAACUGACCUCGAAGAAUACGGUAACGACUUGGAGCACGUCGAACUUUUGAUACAAGCCUUCGAAACGUUCUAUGCCAGCCUAAUAAAUAGCGAACCGCGUGUAACCCAGUGCAUCGAAAACGGCAACGUAAUUAUUGACGCUAAGAGCAGUUACAGUUCCGACGUGCAACAAAAAGUAAUCGAAUUGCAAAAUACUUGGGCGGAUCUUGUAGAACUAGCGAACGCCAGAAAAGAAGCUUUGGCCGGAGCCAAACAAGUCCAUUUGUUCGACAGGACGGCCGAAGAAGUUAUAUCGUGGAUUCAAGAAAAAGAAGCAGAUUUGCUUUUCGGCGCUUACAUCCAGGAUUCCGAAACUAUACAACAGCUACUCAGAAAACAUCAAGCUUUGGAGACAGAAAUGAAGGCUAUCAGAGAUAGGGUAGACUUUGUCGAGCAAGAAGGAGACAGAUUGAUUUUCGAAUUUCCUGAUACCAAGGAACACAUUGACGAUAAGAAAUUGGACACGUUGACAGUUUGGAAGGACUUGCAGCUUAAAGUUGAAAAAGAACGGGACUAUCUUCUACAAAGUGAACAGUUGCAGACGUACUUUGAUGAAUACCAAGAUUUAUUAGCCUGGAUUAAUGAGAUGUUAGCUAAAAUCACCACUCCAGACUUACCUCAAGAUUAUAAAGAAGCCGAAAAUCUUAUAGAAAGACAUAAGGAAUACAAGAGCGAGAUUGAGAGUCGCUAUCAAGUAUUCACGAAUUUCUAUUCCACUGGUCAAGCUUUUAUAGAUAAGGAACACCCUCUAGCGCAGGACAUAGAAGACAAAAUUCUAAUUCUCCAACAAAGAAUGGAACUACUUAGCAAUAUCUGGAACCAAAGAAAUGUUAUUUAUGCUAUGAAUUUAGACGUUCAAACGUUCAAGCGCGACGCGAGUACGUUGGAAAAUUGGUUAAUACUUCGCGAAAGUAUUUUAAGAGAAGGAAAAGUUGGAGAUAGUAUUUUGCAGGUGGAGGAUUUAAUAAGAAAACAUCAGGACUUUGAAGAAACUGUCAAAGCGCAAGAAGACAAGUUCGAAGCGUUGAAGAGGAUGACUCUUCUGGAAGAAGCUUUCGCGCAACAGUUGAAACAGGAAGAGCUGGCGAGAAGGGCGGAGAAAGAGAGAGUAGAACAGGAAAGGUUAGAACAACGGAAACGUUUGGAGAGAGAUAGAAUAACGAAACUUAGGAAGCAAGAGUCUGGCGAAGUCGAACCUUCUUAUGCUAACGUUCCAGGGGAACAGUUAAAUGGUACAGCCCAUUUGGGUCCCGCUCCAAUAGGCCAAACAUCACCUUUACCUUCCUCAAAUCACUAUGGACCUCCACUAACACCCUUGCCAUCGGCACAUUUAGGUCCAGCACCAACACCACCACCUGGAGGCAAACCGGUCGCUACAGUGAGAAAAACAAAUUCGUACGCCCACAUGCUUGACAGGGACCGAUUCAGGCCGUUGGUAAAGAGAGCAGAAAGUUUGAAGGAGAAGGAAGCUCAAGGUGGUAAACCAGUGAAAAGAACGCCAUCUUUCACCACGAAACGAAGAGGCUCUUUGAAAUCGAGACACGCAGAUGGUGUAUUACCCCCGGCAGAAGCAGAAGCGUUCCUAGAAAGGAAACAAACCCUCUUGGCUGGUUCAAAGAGAGCUUCGAACCGAACGUGGAGGACAUCCUACACUGUCCUCUGCGGUCAGUUAUUGUGUUUUUUCAAGAACAAAAUCGAUUUCGCCGGGAGCAAAGCCAGUGGCGCACCUCUGAACAUUCACAAUGCCAGAUGUUCAGUGGCCGAGGACUAUCACAAGAGAAAGUACACCUUCAGGUUGAACACAACCGACGGGGCGGAGUUCUUGUUCUCGUGUAACUCCGAGGUCGAAAUGAUGGAUUGGGUGAACAAAAUCAACUUCAGAGCGAGGUUGCCGCCUAGUCAACAGUUGCUGCAUUUCGAAAUACAAAAGGAACAUGACGAGAUAAGUUCACAGUCGAGUCGAACAUCUAGUCCAGACGUUGGUGAUGGUGUGACGUUGAGACACGAAACCGUUUCAAGCAAUGGAAGCGUAAGCUCGCAGUCAAGCCGGCAUACUUUAGAAAGUCCACCCCCUUUGCCAGUGUCCGAGCCGCCCACUAGUUAUGCCUCGAAGAGGUAUAUGUUCGAAAACAGCGGACAUCAAGUAUACGAUUCUUAUGGAAAUUCACCUAAACGAGAUGUGCAAACGUCUCCACCCAGGCCCAAUUCAAUGAGUGGUCAAGAUACAAAAAUGUCACGUCUACGAGGAUUGUUGGGAAUGAAGAAAAAGAGUUCCCAAAUGUAGAUAUUAAGUAUAAGUUGUUAGAGGUACCAAUAAGCAACAAUUUUAAUAUUUAAAGUAUUAUACAUAAUUUUGCAUCUGUUAAAAUUUAUCUGUUUAUAAAAUGUAGUUUUUUGUAUAUAGGAAAGAUGUGUUGAUAAUACCAAAUAAAAUAUUAAAGUUUGUCUAUAU